CUUCUCCCUCUGCUGUUCGGUCCCUUCCUCUGGCCUCACGGACAGAGCUCACUACUUCAUAGUCCCAUUUUAUAAUAAAACUUGGAACCUUUCGCUAAAAUGGAUUCAUAUAUACAGGAUAGGGGGACCUUUUAACCGCUAAGGAUUCAAAGAAUGAAGAUGCUUGGCGCUGGGAGUUAAAGCCCUCCUCCACCUGAGGGAAGCUGGUACAGAGCUGGGGCUGGCCCCCUGCCUCAGGUGGGGGUGAAGGGCCCUCACAGCCCUUAGUGGGUCUGGACCAUGGGGGAUGGAGGGACCAGUGCAACCGGAGGGAUCAACCGAUCCCAUGUCCUGUUUGACAACUUUGUCCAGGCGACCACGUGUAAAGGCACCCUUAAGGCCUUCCAGGAGUUUUGUGAACAUCUGGAAGUGAAGCCCACCGAGCACAGGAUCUUCUAUCACAAGCUCAAGUCCAAACUUAACUACUGGAAGGCGAAGGCGCUCUGGGCUAAGCUAGACAAGAGGGCCGGCCAGAAGGAGUACAAGAAGGGACGUGCCUGUGCCAACACAAAGUGUCUGAUCAUUGGUGCGGGGCCAUGCGGUUUACGCACAGCCAUCGAGCUUGCUUUCCUGGGGGCCAGAGUGGUCCUCCUGGAGAAGAGGGAUGCGUUCUCCAGAAACAACGUGCUGCAUCUUUGGCCCUUCACCAUCCACGACCUCAGGGGCCUUGGAGCCAAGAAGUUCUAUGGGAAGUUCUGCGCUGGUGCUAUCGAUCAUAUCAGUAUUCGUCAGCUUCAGCUAAUGCUGCUGAAAAUGGCCCUGCUGCUGGGAAUAGAGAUCCACGUCAACGUAGAGUUCAAGGGUCUUAUUGAACCCCCUGAAGACCAGGAGACUGAGAGGAUAGGCUGGAGGGCUGAGGUCCACCCUAAGACACACCCUGUCAACGAGCUGGAGUUUGAUGUCAUCAUUGGAGCAGAUGGAAGGAGAAACACACUACCAGGAUUUCGACGGAAGGAGUUCCGGGGGAAGCUCGCCAUCGCCAUCACCGCCAAUUUCAUCAACAGGAACACAACGGCAGAAGCGAAGGUGGAGGAGAUCAGCGGUGUGGCCUUCAUCUUCAAUCAGAAGUUCUUUCAAGAUCUCAGGGAGGCAACAGGUAUUGACCUGGAAAAUAUUGUGUACUACAAGGAUGACACACAUUACUUUGUGAUGACUGCCAAAAAACAGAGCCUGUUGGAGAAAGGAGUCAUUCUGCAUGACUAUGCAGACACUGAGCUCCUCCUUUCCAGAGCUAAUGUAGACCAGGCUGCCUUGCUGUCUUACGCACGUGAGGCUGCAGAUUUCUCCACCAACCACCAGCUACCCACACUGGACUUUGCAAUCAACCACUAUGGCCAGCCUGAUGUAGCCAUGUUCGACUUCACCUGCAUGUAUGCUUCGGAGAACGCAGCAAUGGUGCGCCAGCGCCAUGGCCAUAAACUGCUGGUGGCGCUGGUGGGCGACAGCCUUUUAGAGCCGUUCUGGCCCAUGGGCACCGGCAUUGCGCGAGGUUUUCUGGCAGCCAUGGACUCCGGUUGGAUGGUGAAGAGCUGGGCCCAGGGAAAAACGCCUUUGGAGGUUCUGGCUGAGAGGGAGAGCAUAUACAGACUUCUGCCUCAGACGACUUCAGAAAAUGUCAGUAAGAACUUCAGUCAGUACAGCGUGGAUCCGACCACGCGUUACCCCAACAUUAGCCUUAACUUCCUCAGGCCCAGUCAGGUGCGACACCUCUUUGAUACAGGAGAGGGCAGGGAAAUCCGCAUUGAAAUUGAGAAUGUCAUCAACUCGUCAACGCCAAAGUUGGCCAGGAAUGACAAUUACCUGCUUGACAAGCAGUUUCAAGAAUCGAUAGCUCGGUCCAGUAAACUGCUCAACUGGUGCCAGAGGCAGACAGAAGGAUAUAGGAACGUCAGCGUCACGGACCUGACUAUGUCAUGGAAGAGCGGCUUGGCGCUGUGUGCCCUCAUUCACAGAUACAGACCAGAUCUCAUUGAUUUUGACUGCCUGGACGAGGAGAACCAUGAGAGGAACAACCAGCUCGCUUUUGACGUGGCAGAGAAGGAGUUUGGCAUAUCGCCAUGCAUGACCGGCAAGGAGAUGUCUUCUGUGGUGGAGCCAGACAAACUCUCCAUGGUCAUGUACCUCAGUCAGUUCUAUGAAAUGUUCAGGGACACAGUGCCACCUGGAGAUAAUCAGAACUGGAGUCCGGAGGAAAAAGCUGCCCUGAUUGCCAGCACAAAGUCUCCCAUCUCCUUCCUCAGCAAGCUGGGUCAGAGCAUAGCUAUUUCCAGGAAAAGAAACCCCAAGGACAAAAAAGAGAAGGAUGUAGACGGUUUGGGCAAACGAAGGAAAACCAGUCAGUCUGAGGAUGAGGAUAUAUCCAGGACUUGUCAUGAAGAAAGACCGUCUGUCCCUCCUGUGCAGUCGGAAAGAAAAAUGGACUCUGCUGCAGCAGCAAACCAUAAUAAAGUGAAGGUCAUGGCCACCCAGCUGCUGGCCAAGUUUGAGGAGAACGCCCCCGCUCAACCUGCAGGGCUAAAAAGACAGGGGGACUCUCUGCCCAAUCUGGACCAACUUUUGUCCCCUUGCCCACUGGCAAACCCUGUCACCGAGCCCGUACGCCUGGCUCCUGUUCCUGCAUGGAGAAAGGCCAGAAGCGAUGCCGAUCAAACGUCCAGCUCGGCCUCUCGGAGCUGCCCAAAGAAAACCAUUCUGCUACCUUCCUCCUCCUCCACUUCAUCACUCUCUCUUCAUUCAGAGCACUUUGUGAGGAUGUACACAGGAGGAGUUAGCACACUGGCUGAGCAGAUAGUCAGCCAGCUUCAGUCUCAGGAAGAAUCCAAACCCACACAUGUACCUGAAAAGAGGGAUUUGGGUUCUCUCAGAAAAGAGUUUCCCGUCAACAUCGGAGGCAGCGACGUCUGCUUCUUCUGUCGGAAGCGUGUCUACGUCAUGGAGAGGCUGAGCGCAGAGGGGAAGUUCUUCCAUCGCAGCUGCUUCAAGUGUGACUAUUGUGGAACAACUCUGAGACUCUCCUCUUACGCGUUUGAUGUUGAGGAUGGUAAAUUCUACUGCAAGCCUCACUACUGUUACCGUCUGUCCGGAUACGCCCAGAGGAAGAGGCCUGCUCCUUCUGCUGCUCCAGUCUCAACUAAGGAAAACCAGACGCCCCAAACUCCCACAUCGACCGUGGAUGCCCCCAGCAGGGGGCCGGCGGCUCCUCCCUCGGCAGACAUCCAGCCCUCAGCACUGGAAGUCAACGGCCUGCAGGAGCCCAGUUUAGCAAAGCGGCUCCGGGGAACCCCUGAGCGGAUCGAGCUGGAGAAUUACCGGCUGUCCAUUCAGCGGGAAGAAGACCUGGAGGAGGUGCCAGAGGAGACGCUGGCAGAACACAACCUCAGCAGUGUGUUGGAUAAAGCCACAGACGCUGAUCUGGGCUCCAGUAGCUCAGAAUCUGACAUGGAGGAGGAGGAUGAGCAGGAGGAUCAGGAGGAGGCGGAGGAGCAGCCUCUCAGCCCUUCGGACCUCGGCGGCGUUCCCUGGAAGGAGGCCGUGGAGCUUCACGCCAAACUACGUGGCGACGGCGAAGAGUUGGAAAGUGAAGCUCUGGCUGAUGCUGUCAGCAGGGAUGGAGACGGGGAGGAAGAUGAGGAAGAAGAGGAGGAUGGGGAGGAAGAAGAUGAGGAUGAAGAAGAUGAGGAAGAAUCCAGUGAUGAGGGGGAUUACUGCCCCUGGGACAGGGAGCUCCUGUCAGGUCUUUGGCUGGAGAGGCACCUCACAGAUGAAGAGGAUGUUGGUAAAUUCAAAGUUAGGAACAUACAAAUUCAACAAAUGCUGCAGCCCGUGGAUCCCAACGCCAUUCCCAGUUUGGUACGAGUGCGGUCGGACUCUGAGGGAGACCCGGACGGCUCGCUGGGCACGGCCCUCCGACGCUCUCAGCCCUCUGAGCUCACACAAGCCUCCCCCACAGCCCCUGCCCACACAUCCACCCGACAUGAGGCAGUGAGAGUCUGGUUGGAGUCCUUGUCUGGAGAACCGUGUGAAGAUGAGGAGCUGGAAGCUGAAGCAGACAGUCCAGAUAUGGAGCCUGGUACAGAGCUGGAUCAAGAGGACAUUCCUUCAGAUGCAGAAGCUGAAGCUCGGUUGCACCAAUCGGAGCAAAAUGAUGCUCCUCCAGAGGAAAACAAGGACACAGAAAGUUUGGCGAGAGACUCAAGUAUUGAGCCAUCCAGCGUCAGCCCAGUGAUGAAGGAUGAUAUCGUUCUUUCUCCACUCAGACCGUUGGCUGAGCCUGAAACCCUGAUAACUCCAGGGAAGUCUCCCAGCGUCCGUUUCUUUCCCGAUCCCUUCUUACCAGAGGAAGAGAAGCCUGAGAAGAUAGCUGUGUCCCCUGCUGCCAGGAGCCCACUCAGCCCUUCUCCCACUCCGCCGUCAUUUUCAGCUCCUAUCCAGUCUCCCACUCCUGCCACGGCGGCUAACCCUAUCAGGGGUCCCUCCCCCACCUGCUCUCCUCUGGUCUCAAACGCUGCAUCAACCUCCGCCUCUCCAGUGAAACCAGCCAGUGAGUCACCUGUCAGAUCGCCAAUCAGGUCGCCGCUCAGCUCCCCGAUCUGCUCCCAGCCCAGCUCCCUACCAGAGCAGCGCACUCCUAAAUCUCCAGUCUUCCCUCACCGCUCCAUCUGCCCUCUGACGGGGAACCCCCUCUCCCCGAUCUGUGCCCAGCCUCUGCCCUGCCAGGAGCCCUCGUCGUCCCUCACCUCCGAUUCCCCCGUCAGAACUCAGCCAGUCCCUGCUGUCAGCUCUACGCCCAUGCCAUCCGGUGAGCCCUCCACGUCUGCAGACUCAUCAAUCGAGGAAAACUCAUCUAAAAAGACAGAUAUCAUUGAGGAGUUUUGGUUAAAGAGUGCUGAGAUUCGGAAAAGCCUCGGCCUUACUCCCUUAGACCGUAGCAGUAAAAUCUUGGAGAAGAGCGCUGCUCAGACUCCUAAAACGGACCCCAUACCCACGAGGACACAGUCUGCGAAUGUUCCCGAGGAGCCGAAACCCGCUUUUACCGGCCGCACUGUCAUCCGCAGGCUCAACAUCACUCUGGAGGGUCAAGUCAUCACUCCGAUCACCCCUGCUGCAGCCAAGAGCGCCGUCUCUGUGACGGACGUGAGCAGCAGCUCGGGUUUGAACGGAAGCACGGCCAGGAGCGAAAUGGCAAACAGCGACAGCUACAACACAACUGAUUCCACCAUGCUUACCCCGCCCUCCAGUCCACCGCCCCCCGUCCCUGCCAACCAGUCUCCAGCCGUGCUCAGGCAGCAGAGACACCAGGCGUCUUGGAGCAACGGGACGGAAAAGCCUCCGUCCAAACGUGCCAAAGAGCCGACCAGAACCAACGCUCCAGUUCCCGCCCCCAGAACACAGCUGAGCCCCAUUUCUAGGAAACCGUCCUCCCCUGAAGCGGCUCCACCAGCUGCUCCGGUGGUGGUAAUGAGGGAGAAGAAAAGGCAGCCUCGACCGGCUGAGGUGAGAAAAUCUUUUGUGGAAACAGUUGAGGAAAUCCCUUUCGCCGACGACGUAGAUGAGACUUAUGACGAGCGAACGCCAGAAACCAGCUUGAACAAGUAUUACACACCGCCCACCAGCAGGCCUAGCAAACCUCCGCUGCACCUGGCCUUAGCCAUGGAAAACGGUAAGCCUAAUAUCCCAGUGAUCCCAGUCUCCAAGGGCGAGAGGGCCACUCGCUUUUCCCCAGAGGCCAAAGAAAUCGCUGAGGAGAGAAUCAGAGCAAGGGAAAAGUCUGUGAAGAGCCAAGCACUCAAAGAGGCCAUGGCUAAGCAGCUCAACAAAAUGAAAGAGUCUGAUGUGGACAAGGGGCCCUCACCAAACGUGGCCACAGAUUCAGCAGCAAAAAGCAGAAAGUCCCCCGGAUCUCCUAAAGCAUCGGCUGUGAAAGCGCUGGAGUCCAAGAGGGCCGAGAGCGGGUCGGAGCGUUUCUUCUGCAGCAGCAAGAGCCUGGACAGCUCGGUGGCCUCCUCAGAGGGCUCCUCCUCCGGCAAGAGCAAGAAACGAAGCUCCCUGUUCUCACCUCGCAAGAAUAAGAAGGAGAAGAAAGCCAAGAACGACAGCAGACACUCAGGCACUGAGGAGACGCCGCCAAAACACAAGUCGCUGUGGAAGGCUGUGUUCUCUGGGUACAAAAAGGACAAGAAGAAGAAGGACAACAAGUCGUGUCCGAGCACUCCUUCGUCCAGCUCCACCACGCAGGACUCUGGGAAGAAGAGAACGUCACCUCUGGGGAAAUCUUCAGAUUUAAAAACCCGAAGGAAUUUGAGCUUCUCUGAGGAGUCGGACCUGUCGUGUGAUGACGUUUUGGAGAGAUCCUCCCAGAAAUCAAAGGCAGACUCUGUUUAUGUCCCUCACGCGCUGGCGUUCAAGAGAUCGUACGCCACAAAGAAAGCCUACACAGAGGAAGAGCUGAAUGCCAAGCUCACACGCAGGGUCCAAAAAGCCGCCCGACGACAAGCCAAGCAGGAGGAACUCAAACGGCUGCACAGAGCUCAGAUCAUCCAGAGGCAGCUGGAGCAGGUGGAGGAGAAGCAGAGACAGCUGGAGGAGAGGGGUGUAGCUGUGGAGAAAGCUCUGAGGGGAGAAGCAGGCUUGCAUAAAGGUACUUAUACAUUACCCAAACAGCACAAAAGAAGAUCAGACUAUUGGGGAGAUUCUAAUUACAGUGAAAUCCUGGACUUGCAUCUGGGCGGUAUGGGCAAGAAGGAUGAUCCUAAGCUGAUGCAGGAGUGGUUCAAGCUGGUGCAGGAGAAGAACGCUCUGGUCCGCUAUGAGUCGGAACUCAUGAUAUUUGCCAGAGAGCUGGAGCUGGAGGACCGCCAGAGUCGCCUGCAGCAGGAGCUCAGGGAGCGAAUGGCUGUGGAAGACCACCUGAAAUCAGAGAAAGAGCUCGCUCAGGAAAAGCAGAUCUUGAAUGAAAUGUUGGAGGUGGUUGAGCAGCGGGACGCCCUGGUCGCCCUCCUGGAGGAACAGAGACUUCGUGAAAAGGAGGAAGACAAGGACCUCGAAGCUGUCAUGCUUUCCAAAGGAUUCAACCUCAACUGGGCCUGAAAACUGAGACAUCGUCGCUCACGGAGUUGUGAAAGAGAUGGCUUUGACUCCUCAAUCUGUACACAAACUGAAGCAAAAUGGUCUAGAACUGUCACACCUACAGCACUGAAUGUGUAAAUAUGUUUCCAACACAGCAAACGCACCGUGGCUGCCUCCGUCACUGAAGCAUUCUGCAGUGUUUACAGAUCCCCUGCCUGAAGGCAGUCCAAGUUAAUCACUGCAGUUUAGUUCUUCUCCCUCUGUGUGGGAGGAGAGCUGAGUACAUAUUCACAGGUUUAUCAUCCCAGCCUUGAAGUGGAUCCUUUCAAGCAGGAGGCCCUAGGGAGAAUACGUAGAAACUUUUCUUUUGACUCUAGAAAAGGGAAAAUGCAGUCCUGUUCUGCUGAUGUAAAAAAAAAAAAAAAAAGUUUUUGUGUCUAAAUGUGCUAAAAGUCACAUUAUCUGCAGGUGAGGGUCGUAUCCUUCCUGCAAAGGAAGCUAAAGAGGUGUGUUGUGUUGCAGAGCGACAUAUUCUGGCUCUUUAAUCUGACAUCAUCUGCCUUUUUCUCUAGAGUUCUCCAUCCUAAUGAAACACAUAAACCCUGAAAGGUGGAGUUUUUUUCCCCCCUCUUAUGCGUUCAGUGAGUCAACACUGAGAAUCCAUCAAAUCCUGCCACAGUUUUUUUUUUUUUUUUCAGUUUUUAUCCAUUUGUCUUUGUUAGCUUUUAAUAGAUGAACAUUUUUUUUCUUUGCAUUCACAGGAGAGAGCCAGGAUCUCAUUAUCCUGCACUUAUGCGUAACCCUCCUGCACUCCAUAGCCAUUGUGUGUCAGUAAUGCUGCUGCAGGCACAUACAGCGGAGGAACUCUGCAUGUCUUUAAUCAUUUCACAGACUCUAUAAUGCCGGGCUUCUCCUUGAGAUGCUGUUAAAUCACACCGACAGUUAAAGUUUACCGACACUUGUUUGAUAUUGGAUGGCUAUUGAUCCUGCUGUGGGAGGCAGGACCGAUACGGCUGUUAGAGGGAACGGUGUUAUCAGUGGGAUCUCGUUAUACCAUAAGAGGUCUGUGACGUUCCUGUCACUUUGUGCCACAGGGUGCUCUCAGUUAGUGGGAUUGCUGUGAUAUUUACACUACAAAAGAGUUGCACAACAGUAUAAUGUGGGUAGUUCUGAAUAUUUGAACUAGAUGCCUUUCUAAGUUUUCUUCUCCACAUUCAAGUUGUUUUUAAGCCCCUUUGUUUUUAAGGUGGAACCAAACUUUUAAGUCUAACUGUAAUAUCACCAAUCUGCUACAUGCAAAUCAUUUAAAAAAAGGGGCGCAAGAAGAAUGCAAAAUGUGCGACUUGCACCAAAAGUCAUCGGAUUUUUGGAAAUCCAGGUAGGCUGUUAAAAAAUACUCGACCCGAGCUGCGGAUAAAAGGUUACAGAGGUUUAAAGAGUGGUGUUUUAGACGGCGUGUGAAACGUUUGAUUGUACUGAUAUUUAUUAACAUGUGUGAAAACUGUAUUAUAUGUAAAGUAAAAAUGAAUCCUAAUUUGUAAAACUGUUCUGUUGACACACAGAGUGCGAUGUAAAUGCUUCAUGUAGCUAAAACGCUUAGGGGUGUUGGAUGUAUGCUGAAAUGGCAAUAAAAGGAUGCGGUUGUUCUUUUA